UUCGCUUACAGUUUAACUUUUAGCGACUCCACCACUAAGUUUCCUCCCCAACACCGCCGCCCAUGGAGGAGCAACGCCUUGCGGAGAUCCAUCAGGCCUUCAGCCAAAACCACAAUCUCCCUAACAAAAUUCUAAACCUAGCUCUCUCUCUCAUCACCAGCCCUUUUAGUUCUUACUCCACUCUCUCUUCUCUACUUGACACACUGACCAUCUGCCUCCAAAACCCUGCCUCCGAUCAUACUAAUCACCACCGUGUUCUCUCUCUGGUCUCUUCCCUUUCUCACCACCACCCCCACUUCCGCCACCAAAUUAUCACCAUCGUCCGUGCAUUUAUCUACCUCCCUAGCACACCGUCUUCUUCCCUGCACUAUGCCCUCUCCGUCCUCCUUUCCGCAAAUACCAAACUUAACUUUCCACCUGGUUCUACUGAGACUACCGACCCCCUUGCUGAUGAAAGUCUGUUCCUUUCUCUGUGUUUUGGUCAAUCUGUUGCUGCAAGGUGUAUAUUGCUGCGGAAUGUUAGUAAAUUUUGCGUGAGGCCAUCGGUAUUGCUCCCUGUUUUACUCGGGUUCACGAGGGAUCCAUAUCCUAAAAUCCGGGAAGUUGCCUUGGAUGGUUUGGUAGAAUUGAGUAAUUGCAUUAUGGUCGAAGAUCAAAGUCUAAUAGAAAGUUGUUAUUUUCGUGCUGUGGAACUUCUGCUUGACUGCGAUGACCCUGUUAGGCGCUCAGCUGUGCGCACGGUUAGCGAGUGGGGGCGGUUGCUUGUAGCAUUCAACCAAGAUCAAAGUAAAAAAGAAUGUUCUGAUGCAGUGUUUAUACAGCUUUGUUCAAUGGUAAGAGACAUGGACAUGAAGAUCAGAGUUGUUGCUUUUGAUGCCCUGGGGAAAAUUAGAAUGGUUUCAGAAGAUAUUCUGUUACAAACGUUAUCUAAGAGGACUCUGCCUAAAAUAAAAGAGGAUAGAUACUAUGGCCAGUUCACUGCAAAGCUGCCUAAAAUAUCUGGGGCUGCAUUUGCUUUUGUACAUGGGUUAGAGGAUGAAUUUCAUGAGGUAAGAAGAUCUGCCUGCCAUUCCUUGUGCAUGCUGACAGCUUUUUCCACUGAGUUUGCUCGUCAAGCUGUAAAUAUAGUAAUGGAUAUGCUGAAUGAUGAUUCAGUGGUUGUAAGGUUGCAAGCAUUGGAGACAGUACGCUAUAUGGCUAUAUCUGACCAUCUGAUGGUGGAAGAAACGAUCUUACAUAGGUUCCUUGGCACUCUGCUUGACAGAAAUGACUCCAUCAGAUCUGCUGCAAGGAAUACUCUCCAAUCAAUGAAGUUGCAGAAUCUGGCCAUGUUUAGGUUAGGCCUAAAUUCCUUAAUGAAGAAUUUGGAAUUUUAUCCACAGGAUGAAGCUGAUCUAUUUUUUAUUUUGUUUAAACUUGGUCGAACUCAUGGGAAAUUUGUGGGCAGCAUAAUUCGAGAUGUUUUUCAUGAGUUGGAGCCUUCUUUUGAUGGUAAGCUGGGAUUUGACAAUGCGAGGACAGUAGCAUUAUUAGUGUUGGGCAUCUCAGCUUCAGUCUCAUUUGAACGGCAAAUUUGUACAGUUCCUCCGCAAAUAUUUUCUUAUGCUGUUACAGAAUUGGGGAGGAUCUCUCGUGCUUUAUCUGAUGUGGUGAACCAGAAUAGUCUUUUGGCUUAUUUGUCUCAUUGCAGCAGAUUCACAGUUGUCUCUGCUUCUGAGUUCUUUAAAGGGGAAGAACCAGCCUUACAGCUGGAGCAAAGUGAUUUUCUCUUGUGCCAAAAAAGCAACGAGAGCUCUGAAGCUUAUUUAACAAGUCCGCUUCUAGAUUACCUGGCAAACUUGCAUGAUAGAGUAACAAGCUGUGUGAAGAUUGUCCUUCGAAAAAUCUCUGAUAUCUGGCGAUUGAUAGAACUUGGAUGCAUGGGUGAAGUAAUUCAAACGUUAAGGAACUGGAAGGAAGAGUUUUCAAAGUUGACCAAUUACUCGCCACAGACUGUUGGCAUCUUAGCUUUUACUUCAAAAUAUAUACAUGUCAUAAAACUACUUGGAAAGGUGUGGUCACACAUUUUGCCAUCCGGAAAUCUCAGGUACCAUGGAAUGGGAGUGUUGGAGGUUCUAUUGGGUAAAAUCGACGAGAGACUCCAAGAGAUGUGGUACAGGUUCACGGGAUUGAGCAGAGAGGAGGAGUUGCAUCUAUUAGAGAUAAUGCUUUUGAGUUGUGUGUUGAGAAUAUCUUAUUUAGAGACCUGCAACUUUGAUGCUAGUUUAAAGAAGAUCUGUACUAUAAUUUCACGUGUUGAAAAUCUUUGUAAAGAAGGAGCCAUAGAACUUUCUAAUUUUGUAAUUGACCUUCAGAAAUUGUUGAGUGACAUUGGCAAUUCCAGCUAUGGGGUGUUCGAAAAUGUUCAUCUGCUUCGUAAGUCUCUCAAGUGUUUCUCGCCGAGGCAGAUUGUCUUGAGUGGAGAAAUCAAACACCUAGAGGCUGAACUUAAUGUUCAUGACAAUGAUUUCCAAAAUCCUCUUCCUUUCGUUUCAGGGUUACCUGUAGGCAUACCAUUCGAAAUCACAUUGUAUAACCUUACUCCUGAAAAGCGAUUAUGGCUUACUAUGUCUGUAGAUGGAAACUCAACUCAGUUUGUCUUCCUCGACUUGCAUGAAUUCGGAGGAUGUGAUGAAAUCAUGAAGUUUACAUUUGUUGCACCUUUUUAUGGAACCCCUAGGGUGAAGUACUUCUCCUUGAAGGUACGCAUUGCCAUGGAAUGCUUGUCUGAGGGUGUUCGACUCUUCAACUAUUGUGAAGGACCAAAACGUGAGCUUAUUUUCCUUUGCAAGGAGAAUGAAGUGCAUCUAUCCACACCUAUCAAGUAGUGGACUGAGCUUCGUGCUGUUCAGGUGGACAAGAGUAGUGUUUUAUUUAAUAUUUAUGGAUAUUUGUACACUUGCUCAAAGUUUGUCAACACUCUGUUGACCAUAGACCCAUAAUUUCGACAGAUUCUUUGAAAUUAUUUAAAUAUUGGCUAAAGAAAUUCACGCUUGUCAGGCAGAGGGCAUUCUCAGUUGGCCAACUGUCAAAUUCUUAGUUUGAAGUGAAGAAACCUACACGUUCUGCUGCUUGGAAAUUGUUCACAAGCAGUCUCCACAUUGAUUUCCUGCCUGAAACAAAUCCACCAAAAAAAUAAAAGUGGAACAAUCAGUUUACAUGCUUUGGAGGUCUCUUCCAGUGGCUUGUUGCUUGAAAAGAUUAUUUGGCCUAAUCAAAUUGGCUGGUAAACUAUAUUUGAAGUGUGAAGACUCUGUCACGGCUUUGAUCCUUCGCUGCUAAUGCAUGUCACAUAGAAUUUCACCGAUUUGGUUAGUGUUACGAACUCGGCUGGAACCAGCAUGUUAUUUAUCAUGGAUUGUAAAAGAUACCUGAAGGUGCUCUGAUAUGGAAUAAAAUCCUGACUGCGGAAGGCGUACUUGGAUUACUUAUGUGGGCCAUGCUCUGUUACAGUCAAGAUUUAAUAACAUAUGGUGGUAAAACAUCUUGCUGCCUGCCCAAAAAAGAAUCUGCAAUCGUCAGAAGAGCAAGGCAAGAUAUUUGGAUCAUGAUAUGAUGUACCUGAAUUGAAUAUUAAAUGCAAAGGUGGAAUUCAUAGAUAUGGCAAUUCCUUUUAUAAUAAGAAGCAGGAGCGCUUGGGGUAUUAACUUGUGGUUGAAUUGUCAUUAGCCUGCUCAACUUAUAAAUGUAAAGUUCAUCGAGGCUGACACUAAACAAAAAUAGUCUUUCUUUAUUAAUAUUUUGUGAUUUUACACUUGCAUUCCUAUUACCAACACGUGCGAUGCAAGCCUUUUAUAUGGGCUGAGGUAUUUGGAAGCUACUGUUAACGUGUUAAAAAUUUACAAGAGAGAUAUAUGUUGUGUGAUUAAUGGUUAACAAAUCGAUGUAUAUGUUGGAAAUUUGUGCUAGAGAUAAUGUAAACAAAUAUAAUAAAAGGUUCUUGAUAUAGAAGAAGUUCCUUA